UUUUUCGAACGCCGCCGGAAACGCUGGACACAGCUGGCGGCCGGCGCGCAUGGCGAGGGCGAAGGCAGAGGAAAGCUGGGGACAUGUUCUGCCACACCGAUCGGGAUGGCCACCCGUGCAAUCCACAAACACCCCACCCAUCCUCCUCCUUCACUGCUGCUGUCAACGCACACGCGAUGACCUCUCACGCUCUCACUACCUCAAGAACAAUCAUCUCUUGCUACUCCACAAAAGACAUGGCAAUUGAGCGUCCUCUCCUCCCGUCACCUCUUCCUCCAGCCGCGCUGAGGGAGUUGGACGACAACGCUUACCUUCACAGAGUAUACCUCCAGCGACUUGCUUCACAUGCUCGACGACCCAUUCGAUCUGAUAUCGUCGAUUUCUGGCAACCGUCUUGCCGGAAGUUCCGGAAGACGUUGCCUAUGCCACGCACCGUUCCAAGAGGCAGCUGCCGGCGACAGCUGCUGGCCGCGAUCGACGAGAUGGAUGAGAUCCUUUGGGAGACAGUCAAUAAAGAGCAGCAGUGCCAAACCUCACGGAGAAAUAGUUUGGCGAGGAGUUAUGAUUCAGGGUACGCGACAUCCGUCGAAUCACUCAUCUCGGACGCGUCUACGAUCAGACCUGCUUCAGUACAGCAGAAAGCUGUCGCAGUGGACAUGAGGGCAUUCUGCUCUAUGGGACCUCUGCCAGAACGCGAACGGACGCAUUCGAAACACGACAAGAAGCGGAGAUCAAAGUCUGGGCACAGGCGAUCUCGGACAUCGACAGAAGACAAAGAAAAGAAGACCGCACCGGCAUCAUCGCCGUCAAAGAAGGCAAUUACGCUGUUUUCGUCGCUCUCACCAUCUACACCUCCGGUUCCUAUUCCAACUCUUCCGGAAUUCGCAAAAGCUGCCGCAUACAUCCCAGACGAGGGCGUUGUCUUGAGUCCUACGACAGAGGAUGUCCUUCCCGAGGCAGAUAACGCGAACGAGAAGAAGCCUACGCGACGGACUUCUUGGCAGGCCGUUUCUUCUUACUUCAAGUUCUAAACAAAACGCAGGGAACACGAGGCGAUGUGAUCAUGAAUGGGGGGCAUACGCACAGGCAUUUGAUACCAGCAGAAGCAGAACUUCCACAGGACAGGCGUUUUCGACAUUUUCCUUCAUCUUCUACUAGAUUUACUUUUUUUGCUACAUACAUCUUUUUCUUAGCGAUAGCUUCGUAGGGGGCUCCGAAACAUCCCCGGGAGAGCCCCGAAGAAUGGAC